AUGUCUGUGACGGUCCCGCCCGAGGUUCAGCGCCAGCUGGGCGAGGCGACGAUGCUGUACGCGUACCGCGACUUCCAAAAGGCGAUGGCGAUGCUGCUCGAGGUCGUGCGGCUCUGCCCGCGGCUGCCGCACCCGUACGAGACGCUCGGCCUGAUUUACGAGGAGGAGGGGCACAAGAAGAAGGCGCUGCAGCUCUACCUGAUGGCGGCCAACCUCUCGCGCCGCGACGCGGCGCAGUGGCGCCGGCUCGCCGUGCUCGCGACCGAGGUGGGCGAGGCGGAGCAGGCGCUCUUCUGCCUCGGCAAGACGCUGGCGCUCACGCCGGACGACGUCGACUCGCUGUGGGAGCAGGCGCGGCUGCACACGCAGCUGGGCCAGCACCGCAAGGCGGCCGCAGGCCUCGCCUCGCUCCUCCAGCACCGGCCACACGACGCGCAUGUCGUUCGGCAGCUCGCGAUCUCGUACACGGAGCUGGGCGCGGCGGACCGCGCGAUUGAGCUGCUCUCGCACGCCCUGAUCGAGCGCGGCGCGUACUCGGACGGCAUCGCGCGCGUGCAGGCGCUGCGGCAGAGCGAGGCGCUCGGGCUGGGUGGCAAGGAGCUGCCGCUCGAUCUGCGAGUCAGGGAGGGCGUCUGCUGCGCGUACACCGGCGACAGCUGGAGGACAGAGGCGACUGCGGCUGAAGCAGUGUACCUCACCGUUGGCCGGCCUCUCGUCGCGCUGGAGCUGUACGACCGCCUCCUCGCCUCUGAGAGGCACGUCGCCCUCCCUUCAUGCCUCACGGCCGCUUCGGCGUACUCGUCCGCCCUCGCCGUUGACGCAUGCUCGCAGGAGGCGCUGGUGGCGGCGUGCUGUCUGUCGCUGCGGCGGCGGAAGCCCCGCGAGGCACGGUGCGCGCUCUCCGAUCUCGGAGAGCACGGCGCGGCGGCGGCGCUGCUCCAGCCCCUGCACGACACGUGCUUUGAGCAGCUCGUGCCGACGGGCAGUAAGAGGGGCAAGGGCAAGCGCGCGGUCGCCGGCGCGCAGGCAGCCUCGCGGGCAGAGGAGGAGGAGGAGGGAGGCCGCUCGAGCGCGCCAAAGCGGCCCCGCCUCGCCGUUUCGCCGCCCGCCGCCUCGCCGCCCCGCUGCGGGCAGGACGAGGCGGCGGCACCGACGGCCGCACCGCCGGCCGCGUCCGUCUUUCGACAAGGCGCCGAAGUGCUGCCGGCAGCCACGGCGCCGGGCCGCGAGACGGCAGGCGUGGCGGGCUCGGCAUGA